AUGAGAAAUCGAUUAACUUCAUUAUCAUUCAAAAAUCAAACCUAACAAUUAUAUAUUCAAUAAUCUAUCAAUUUUAAUAGAAAACGCUCUUGUGAAUGUUAAGAUUGUGGAUCACAUAAUAAAAAAAUGCUAUAUAUCACAACAGUACUACCAUUAUUUUAACCCUACCAUCAUAUUAUUACAAAAAAUAAAGAGCAAAAGGAAAAAUUAUAAUAAAGAAAACGAAUGAAGAUGAGUAAUAAAAGACAUCUUAUUCAAAAAAAAACUAUUAUCGACAUUAUGUAAUAAUAAGAAUGUCAACCAAAAAAAAGAUAAAAUAGACACCAUAAUACUGUAUUUUACAAUCAUUAGGCUAGUAUACCUAAUCAAUCAAGUCUUUAUUCUAUUGAAGCUGUCUAAACACCUACUAAACAAAAUUAAAGAUCUUCCAUUUUUUUUCAUAGGUACAAUUCUUUAUCUCCUCGUAAACUAUUUACCGAUAAAAAAAAUUCAAAGGUUUAAUCCUUUUCUUAAAGACUAAAAACUUUCUAUUUACCUAUUACUGCACCAUUUGAGUCAUAAUUAAUAUUUAGAUUAGAAUUAGUAGAAGAUGGUAAAGUUAAAUUAAUUAAACAAACUGGUUCCUAAGAUGAUUUCACACUUCAUCUUAGACUUAAUAAAUUUGAAGAAGAUGAUAAAAAGAAUGAAGAUUAAUCUAAUCAAAAUUUAGCCAAUCUUCAUAUUUUAUAAUAAGAAGAUGAAGAAGAUGAUGAUCAGACAGAUGAAGAAAAUAUUCUUAAUAUUAAACAAUUAACUACUCCUAAUCCUAAACAAGCUUACAAAAAUAUCUUAAAAUAUAAUCCAAGAACUUUAUAAAGUUUAGUAGAUAAAUCAUAAUUAGGCUAAAGUAAAAUUAAAGAAUUAAUGAGUCCAUGUACCAAACAACUUAAUAUAAAUCUACUAGAACAAAGAUCCACUAUUAAUAACAUUUCUCCAUUCAUCAAUAAUAUUAGUAGAUGUUCACCUAUACCUUCAAUUAAAUUACUAGAUGAAAAAAGAAAAAAACCAAAAAUUUAACUUCUUCCAUUAUAAAAUAAACCUUUUUCACAAUUUACACUCACAAAUAUUUCACCAACUACCUAAUCCAGAAAUAAACCAAGUCCUAAAAAAACUCUUUCACGAAAUAUCAUUAAUGCACCAAAAAAAAAGCAUUAAAAAAAUAUUACUUUCGGAUAAUUGUAGAUUAAAGUUUGA